AUGGAGAAUUGGGAGCAGUCACACGAAUCUAUUAAGGCCGAUGUCAGCCAGUUGAAGGAUCAGAUGGCCCAGAUUUUGGCGGCUCUCGAAGCCCUGAAGACUACGGGAGGGGUGACCCCUGCGCAAGUUGAGGGAAGUGCUCAAUAUUACCCUCCGUUAUUCAAUGCUGGGAGCCAAUCUGUUUCAUUCCCAAUGUAUGGAUUGCCUCCAGGUUACACCCCACCUGUGGGAGAAUACAUAGAAGGGGAGCAGACUUCAUUCUCUUUCCCUACCACUGCUAACGUACCGCCAAUCAGUACUCAGGGACCUGUUGUAAUGUCUGCACCUAUGGUAAAUGAAGGGAUGUAUGCAAGCAUGACUGAUGGAGUACGAGUAACCCCGGUGCCACCUGUGAUUACCGGAGAGGGCUUUUCUACAAGGGCUGCGCCAUAUACUUUGUUUCAGGGGGUAACUAGUAAUGUUGAUGGGGCGAAGGAUAAACUGGAGAGCCUGGAGGCAAGGUUGAGGGCUGUUGAGGGGUAUGAAAGUUAUGGAUUUGGGGAUGUUUCUAGAUUGAGCCUGGUUCCUGGCGUCAAAAUACCACAUAAGUUUAAAGCGCCAGAUUUUGAGAAGUAUAAGGGAAAUACAUGCCCAAAGAGCCAUCUAACCAUGUUUUGUAGAAAGAUGGCUGCAUAUGCUUAUGAUGAGCAGCUGCUCAUCCAUGUUUUUCAAGAUAGUUUGGCUGGAGUGGCGUUAAACUGGUAUACCCAUUUAGAGCCGACUCGAAUUCGUUGUUGGGCGGACUUGGCUGAUGCUUUUGUGAAGCAGUAUAUAUAUAAUACACAUGUUGCGCCAGAUCGUUUACAGCUGCAAAACAUGUCAAAGAAAGACAACGAAACUUUUAAGGAGUAUGCUCAGCGGUGGAGGGAAUUGGCUGCACAAGUUGAGCCACCUUUGUAUGAUAGAGAAAUGGUGGCAAUGUUUGUUAAUACGCUCCAACCACCAUUCUAUGAACAUAUGGUGGGAAAUGUAUCUUCAAAUUUUGCCGAUAUCAUCGUGAUAGGCGAGCGGAUAGAGAUCGGGUUGAAGAAUGGGAAAAUUGCAUAUGGCUCAUCGGUGGUUGCACAUUCUAAAAAACCCAACUUCAACUCAGGAAAAAGAAAGGAAGGAGAUGUGCAUGCAACAUCUGCAACCCCGGUGUGGAGAGGUCAGGUUCCCACUCAUAACUAUCGACCAUACUGGGGUCAACAUCCACAUGCAGCCAAUGCGUCAUUUGGUCAUCAAAUUAGGCCUCAACAGCAACCAGGGUACUAUCAACCACAAUACAUUCCGACGAAUAAUUGGAGGGGAGGGGCGAACGUAGGUUCCAAUAUGAAUGUGGGUCCAAAUACUUAUCCAAGAAGGAACCAAGAAAGAAAUUAUGUUAAUUUUACCCCAAUUCCUACUACUUAUACGGAAUUAUUGCCUCAUCUUAUCAAACAAGGUCUGGUUGUCGUUUGUCCCCUGAAGCCUUUGCAGCCUCCAUACCCAAGAGGUUAUGAUGCAGAUGCAAAGUGUAGUUAUCAUGGAGGGGCCGCUGGUCAUUCCACUGAGAGGUGUCUGGCUUUCAAGCAUAAAGUGCAGACUCUAAUUGAUUCUGGGUGGUUAAAGUUCCAAGAGGAUAAGCCUAAUAUUGAGGCCAAUCCUUUAUCUGGGCAUGGAAGUGCUUCGACGAAUGCUGUCGAAGUGAAAGAGCAUGAGCUGGUGAGGAAUGUGAAAGAAGUCAGGAGCUCUAGGAGGUUUAUUUUGGAGGCGUUGCUGAAAGUGGGUAUCUUGAAGGGUGAUUAUGAUGAGAGUAUAGCAUGCGCGCUCCACCCAGAUGCUGAGCACUCUAUUGAGGAGUGUGUUAAGUUUGAAGAAAUUCUGCAAGACUUGUUAGAUCGUGGCCUGAUGCAGGUAUGCUACAAGAAGGAGGAGGGAAAUGUAUUUGCACAAACUGGUGAUGAAUCCGGCAUGAUUUUACCAGAACCAUUGAACGAAAAAGCCGUCCCAUGGAGAUAUGGGACACAUGCGUCAAGCGAAGCACAAAGCGUUGACCCUGUCGUCAAAAACAUAUCAGGGAUAGGUGGAAUGACUAGGAGUGGUCGAAUUUUCACAUCACCAGAGUUGGCACAAGAAAGAGUUAAUGAUAAGGAAACAACGAUGGCUGCGAAGGCAAAAGAAUUCUUAAAGGGGAAGGGUGCACAGACAGAGGAGAUCCCCGACAAGGAAGAGAGGAGAGAAGUUUCUGAAGAGGAGGCUUGUGAAUUUUUAAAAUUCAUACAACAAAGUGAAUUUAAGGUGGUGGAACAGUUAAACCGUAUGCCUGCUCGUAUAUCCUUGUUAGACUUGCUCAUGCAUUCAGCAUCACACAGAAAGUUGCUAAUGAAGAUACUCAGUGAGGCUCACGUGGAGCAAGGUAUUUCGUUGAAUAAAUUCGAGGGUAUUGUUGGCAAUAUUGUUGCUAACAAUUAUCUCACAUUUACGGAUGAAGAGAUACCAGCUGAGGGAAGAGGGCAUAACAAGGCUCUUCACGUCUCUGUGAAAUGCUUGGAUCAUGUUAUAGCACGUGUUUUAGUGGACAAUGGGUCCUCUUUGAAUGUCAUGCCGAAAGCAACCUUGGAAAAGCUACCUUGCGAGGGAAUGCAUAUGAGGCCGAGUUCAAUGAUUGUGAGGGCGUUUGAUGGUAGCAAACGAGAGGUGAUGGGGGAGGUGGAUUUACCAAUGCAAGUUGGCCCUUGUGUCUUUCAAAUAACGUUCCAGGUUAUGGAUAUCCUGCCAGCUUAUAGUUGUCUGUUGGGGCGCCCAUGGAUCCAUUCAGCUGGGGUCGUGCCUUCUACACUACACCAGAAGUUGAAGUAUGUGAUGGGAGAUAAGCUGGUGAUAGUAUCAGGAGAAGAAGAUCUUCUUGUGAGUGGGCCAUCAUCCACACGCUACAUCGAGGCGGCUGAAGAAGCUCUCGAAACAGCCUUCCAGUCGUUGGAGAUUGUGGGAAAUGCUUGUGUGGAACCGUUUCCAGUAAAUCCUCGUCUAUCAUGUGCUUCUAUUAUGAUGGCCAAGAUUAUGAUAAAAGGGGGCUAUGUAUAUGGGGAAGGUUUGGGCAAAUAUCGGCAGGGGCGAGCAUUCCCUAUAGAAAUCGUUGAAAACAAGAACAGAUAUGGCUUGGGGUACAAACCUACCAAGGAAGACAGGAAAAGGAUGAUUGAAGAAAGAAAGGAACGCAGUUUGGCCCGUGCAGAAAGACGAGGGCCCAAAGAGAGCAAAAUUCUCAUUGUUGACAUCAAGGAAAGCUUCCGCAGUGCAGGGUGGAUCAACACUGGCCAAAUAGCAGCUGUGGAGGAUGAAGAAAGGACUCAAAGUUUGAGCUUUGUGUGGGCUUGCUCCCCUGAUACUCAACUCAACAAUUGGGAAACACUGGAUUUACCUGUGAUGCUUACUGUGAACAAAAUAUGUGACAAUGAUUGUUUUGAAAAUAACGAUAUCAAUGUUCCUAAUUUUGAGCACCCUAUCAAUAAUACGGAAGAUGAUUUCGAAGAUGAUGUGGAACCCUCUCCAGAAUUGUUGAGAUUAGUGGAACAAGAAUCUAAGGAGAUUAAACCCCAUCAGGAGGAAAUUGAAAUACUCAACUUGGGAGAGAAGGAUGAGAUAAAGGAGGUGAAAAUCGGUACUAGUAUGAAAACGGAAGUGAGGGAAAGAUUGCGCGUACUGUUGAAGGAAUUUAAAGAUGUGUUCGCGUGGUCUUACAAUGACAUGCCGGGUCUAGAUACCGAUAUUGUGCAGCAUAGGCUCCCACUCAAGCCGGAAUGCCCUCCAGUCAAGCAAAAACUGAGAAGAAUGAAGCCGGAAAUGUCCUUAAAAAUUAAAGAAGAGGUCCAAAAGCAAUUUGACGCAGGAUUUUUGGCUGUGGCAAGAUACCCACAAUGGGUAGCGAAUGUUGUACCAGUGCCUAAGAAGGAUGGGAAGGUUCGAAUGUGUGUUGACUAUCGUGAUUUAAAUCGUGCAAGUCCGAAAGAUAAUUUCCCGUUACCACACAUCGAUACUCUGGUUGAUAAUACGGCCAAAUUUUCGUUAUUUUCGUUCAUGGACGGAUUCUCGGGGUAUAAUCAAAUUAAAAUGGCACCGGAAGAUAUGGAAAAAACGACCUUUAUCACGUUAUGGGGAACAUUCUGUUAUAAGGUGAUGUCUUUUGGACUCAAGAAUGCUGGGGCAACAUACCAAAGGGCAAUGGUGACACUCUUUCAUGAUAUGAUGCAUAAGGAAAUUGAAGUUUAUGUGGAUGACAUGAUUGCAAAGUCGGAGUCAGAAGAUGAGCAUAUUUUCAAUCUAAGGAAAUUAUUUGAGAGACUGAGAAAAUACAAACUCAGGUUAAAUCCCACCAAAUGCACGUUUGGAGUAAAGUCUGGAAAAUUGUUGGGCUUUAUUGUCAGCCAAAGAGGGGUAGAAGUUGAUCCUGACAAAGUAAGAGCGAUAACGGAAAUGCCGGCGCCCAGAACAGAAAAAGAGGUUCGAGGUUUUCUGGGAAGGCUGAACUACAUUGCUAGGUUCAUCUCCCAAUUAACUGCUACUUGUGAACCAAUGUUCAAGUUGCUACGAAAAAAUCAGGCUGUAGUCUGGAAUGAAGAUUGUCAAGUUGCUUUCGAAAAGAUCAAACAAUACCUGCAGGACCCUCCUGUAUUGCGUCCACCUAUGCCAGGAAGACCGCUCAUUUUGUAUUUGACCGUACUGGAUAAUUCAAUGGGUUGUGUAUUGGGUCAGCAGGAUGAAGACGGGAAAAGAGAGCAUGCCAUAUAUUACUUGAGCAAGAGGUUCACAGAUUGCGAACAACGAUAUUCGUCGUUAGAGCGAACUUGUUGUGCACUGGCAUGGGCUGCUCAUCGUUUAAGGCAAUACAUGUUGAGUCACUCUACUUGGUUGAUAUCUAAAAUGGAUCCUAUCAAGUACAUAUUCGAAAAGCCCGCUCUCACUGGAAGGAUAGCUCGAUGGCAGAUGCUAUUAUCAGAGUACGACAUUGUAUAUGUUACUCAGAAAUCUAUCAAGGGUAGCUCUUUAGCAGAAUUUUUAGCCCAUCAACCCAUUAGUGAUUAUCAGCCGAUGCAACCUGAGUUUCCUGAUGAAGAUAUCAUGGCUUUAUUUGCUGAGAGCAGAGAUGACAAAAAUGAAAAAGCCUGGACGGUAUUAUUCGAUGGGGCAUCGAAUGUAAUGGGGCAUGGAAUAAGGGCAGUGCUUAUCUCUCCUAAGAAUCAAUACAUUCCAAUGACGGCAAGGUUGUGUUUUAAUUGCACAAAUAAUAUCGCAGAAUACGAAGCCUGUGCUAUGGGUAUUCGAGCAGCAAUAGAGUCUAAAGCAAAAAUUCUGGAUGUAUACGGAGAUUCAGCUUUGGUUAUCCAUCAAUUGAAGGGAGAAUGGGAGACUAGGGAUACUAAAUUAAUUCCAUACCAAGCUUACAUCAGGGGAUUAAUUGAGUAUUUCGAUUCCAUCACGUUUAAUCAUAUACCGCGAGAAGAUAAUCAAUUAGCAGACGCGUUGGCUACCUUGUCGUCGAUGUUUGAAGUUGAUCAAGAUGCAGAAUUGCCAAUGAUUGAAAUGAAGAGUCAUGCGGGGCCAGUGUAUUGUCAUUUCAUCGAGGAGGAAGUAGAUGGUAAACCUUGGUACUUUGAUAUCAAGCAUUAUCUUAAGACUCGAGAAUAUCCAGAGAAGGCAUCCGAAAACGAUAAAAGGGCGUUAAGGAGGUUGGUUGGCAGUUUCAUUUUGAGUGGGGAUAUUCUAUAUAAGAGGAAUCAUGACAUGGUUCUCCUCAGAUGCGUAGAUGCAAAAGAAGCCGAGCUGAUACUAAAAGAAGUACACGAGGGUACAUUUGGCACGCACAUGAAUGGGCACUCAAUGGCCAGGAAGAUACUGAGAGCGGGGUAUUUUUGGUUGACUAUGGAAAAUGAUUUUUGUACACAUGUGAGAAAGUGUGAGAAAUGCCAGGUAUACGCAAGUAAUAUCAAUAUGCCACCCACGACCUUGAACGUGUUGUCUGCACCGUGGCCCUUUUCGAUGUGGGGAAUAGAUGUCAUCGGAGCUAUAGAGCCAAAAGCGUCAAAUGGACACCGUUUCAUAUUAGUCGCAAUCGACUACUUCACCAAGUGGGUUGAGGCUGCUUCUUAUGCUAAUGUGACUAGAAAGGUGGUGACCAAGUUCAUAAAAAAGGAGUUGAUUUGCAGAUACGGGCUCCCUAACAGGAUCAUCACCGAUAAUGCCACUAACUUGAAUAACCAGAUGAUGACAGAGUUAUGUGAGGAGUUCAAAAUUCAUCAUCUUAAUUCUUCUCCUUAUCGUCCAAAGAUGAAUGGGGCAGUAGAGGCUGCUAACAAAAAUAUCAAGAAGAUUGUGCAGAAGAUGGUGGUCACAUAUAAGGAUUGGCAUGAAAUGCUUCCUUUUGCUUUACAUGGUUAUCGCACUUCGGUACGAACAUCGACUGGGGCAACGCCUUUCUCGCUUGUAUAUGGAAUGGAAGCAGUACUUCCGUUUGAAGUGGAAAUUCCGUCCUUACGAGUUUUAAUGGAAACUCAAUUAGAAGAGGCUGAGUGGGUUCAAGCUCGUUUCGACCAGCUCAAUCUCAUCGAUGAAAAAAGAUUAACAGCAGUAUGCCAUGGACAAUUGUACCAAAGAAGAAUGAAGAAGGCAUUUGAUAAAAAGGUACACACAAGAGAAUUUCAUGAAGGUGAGCUGGUGUUGAAGAAGAUUCUACCUAUACAAAAGGAUCAUAGAGGCAAAUGGACUCCAAAUUAUGAAGGGCCAUUUGUAGUGAAAAAAGCAUUUUCUGGUGGGGCAUUAAUUCUCACGAGAAUGGACGGAGAGGAGUUACCAUUGCCAGUUAAUUCUGAUGCAGUAAAAAAGUUUUACGCAUGA